UGGAAUAUGAAGUCGGAGUCAGAGGGCAAGAUUAGGACUUCAAUUUACAAAUAGGUUUCAAUGUUCAUUUGGCCACUUGGUUGAACACAAAAUGAAUAACUCAACAAACUCCUCUAACAAUGGCUUGGCUAUUACCAGUCCUUAUAAGACAUUCGAAGUGGUGUUCAUUGUCCUGGUGGCUGGAUCCCUCAGCUUGGUGACCAUCAUCGGGAACAUCUUGGUCAUGGUUUCCAUCAAAGUCAACCGCCACCUCCAGACCGUCAACAACUACUUCUUGUUCAGCCUGGCCUGUGCUGACCUCAUCAUAGGGGUCUUCUCCAUGAACCUGUACACCCUCUACACUGUGAUUGGCUACUGGCCUCUGGGACCGGUGGUGUGUGACCUGUGGCUGGCCUUGGACUACGUGGUCAGCAACGCCUCGGUGAUGAACCUGCUCAUCAUCAGCUUUGACAGGUACUUUUGUGUCACCAAACCCCUGACCUACCCGGUGAAGCGCACCACAAAGAUGGCAGGCAUGAUGAUCGCGGCGGCCUGGGUCCUCUCGUUCAUCCUCUGGGCCCCGGCCAUCCUCUUCUGGCAGUUCAUCGUAGGGGUGAGAACUGUGGAAGACGGAGAGUGCUACAUCCAGUUCUUCUCCAAUGCCGCCGUCACCUUUGGCACGGCCAUCGCGGCCUUCUACCUCCCGGUGAUCAUCAUGACUGUGCUCUACUGGCAUAUAUCCCGAGCCAGCAAGAGCAGGAUCAAGAAGGAAAAGAAGGAGCCCGCGGCCAACCAAGACCCGGUUUCCCCCAGCCUCGUGCAAGGGAGGAUAGUGAAGCCCAGCAACAACAACAUGGCCAGCGGCGAUGGGGGCCUGGAGCACAACAAAAUCCAGAACGGCAAGUCUCCCCGGGAUGCCGGGGCGGACAACUGCGUCCCCGGCGAGGAGAAGGAGAGCUCCAACGACUCCACCUCCGUCAGCGCCGUGGCCUCCAACCUGAGAGAGGACGAAGUCACCCAGGACGAAAACACAGUCUCCACCUCCCUGGGCCAUUCCAAGGAUGAGAACUCGAAGCAGACGUGCAUCAAGAUCGUCACCAAGACCCACAAAGGGGACGCGUGUGCCCCGACCAAUGCCACGGUGGAACUCGUGGGGUCCUCGGGUCCCAAUGGAGACGAGAAACAGAACAUGGUGGCUCGGAAGAUCGUGAAGAUGACCAAACAGCCAGCCAAAAAGAAGCCUCCUCCUUCCCGAGAGAAGAAAGUGACCAGGACCAUCCUGGCCAUCCUCUUGGCGUUCAUCAUCACCUGGGCCCCGUACAACGUCAUGGUGCUCAUCAACACCUUCUGCGCGCCCUGCAUUCCCAACACAGUGUGGACAAUUGGCUACUGGCUCUGUUACAUCAACAGCACCAUCAACCCCGCCUGCUACGCGCUGUGCAACGCCACCUUCAAGAAGACCUUUAAGCACCUUCUCAUGUGUCACUACAAGAACAUAGGCGCUACCAGGUAAAGCAUCUUGAACGAGAAUGGAAAGGGAGAAGAAUUACACAGAUCCGAGAGCGCCUCGUUUUGUUGGUUGUUUGUUGUUGUUUUUUUUUAAAGUCCUGCCAUUGCACAUUCUGGUGUUAGGAUGGAGGCAUUCAGCCAUGAGGAUGGGAUGGUGCCCGGGCUCCAAUUUGAAGAGAACUUGCACACCUUACAAACCCUGUGAGUUUGGAAGCAAUGAGACAACAACGAGACAGACAUGUCCGAAUGGUGGAGCAUGAAGGAACACCCUGUACUGUCUUGCACUCCAACAAAGAAGGGCUUCUGAAUCUAGAAUCUUACUGAUUUUUGCACAAGAUUAACAACCUCGUUCCUUUUUCCUUUUUCUUUUUUACUGUGCUCACGUGCCCAUGUGAGGGUGAAAUGCCAC